CAUAAAGCUGUCAGUGGCGCCUUUCUCCACUAUUAAAUGUGCUAACCCCCCUUAUGGUCUAAUUACCUCCGACUUGAUUUUGUUACUUAUUAGGCUCAGGCAUCUUCGCCAGCUACCUUUUAUAUUGGUUCAUUCAAUUGAUACUUUCGCUCUUUGCUCACUAUAUAGCUAUAUACUCGACGACUUGGAUAGACGACUUGGAUAUAAAUAUCUGUAUGGCCACUGCCACGUCCGAGCUUGUUUUCUCCCCGCAAGCAAACCAUAAUUUUUCACGCAUUCUUAGCGACCUAAAACGGGCCAACCUCUCUAUCACCAACCGUCUGCGCUCCAUACGGGAAGAUGCAGAUUUCGUGUCUGAGGUAGCCGCUGCAUUCUCCCGUCCGCUAAUCGCCAAUGAGCGAUGCGGGAGCUGGUACAUCCCUCCCGAGACGAAGGCCGGGUCCGCUUAUUUUAAGAGUACUGACGGUCAUACCGGGCAAUGGAGGUUCAGCACGCGACGGCUGAACCUCCAACUUUUGAGCAUCAUAGGGAAUAACGAUGGUUGCAUCAUAGUGGACUCGACCAGAAGGGGCAAGCGAAUGCCGGAUGCUCUAAGCAAGACCGUACCGAUUUGGUGCUGCGUCUUAAACCAUGUCCUAUUCCCCGAUACUCCGGUAUUUCACGAGUUUUACACCCCUCCUAAUGCCGUAUCAGAAUCCGAACACGCCCAGAUCGAGUCCAGAAUCCCUGAACACGUGGGUUCUCUCAGGGCACUCGGCCUCGAUCUGGAUAUCUUGCGCCAACAGGUGAAGAAGCCCCUUAGACCCAUGUGGGUCACGCAAGAAUCCCAAUUGGUACCAAUGGACGAAGUAUUCGACGACUUUCAUCCUGUAAUCUGCUGCACUAGCUCCCGUAGAGUCCUUGGCGGGGAGAUGAGUGAGGGUGGUUACAUCCAGGGCGCCGGCGAUGAUACCGAGAACUGGGCGCUGGGCUUAACCCCACCCGUUUUCUGGCGCCACGCGGAUAUCCUUCUAUCAACCCCGGAACCGGAUCUACCUGAUUUGGUGCGCUCGUUGGUAUCGGACGACAUUGCGGAUAUGAGUUCAGGGAGUCCCAGGCAAAUCGCGCCAUGUCUAUUCGUCAGCUGCUUGCCGUUACCUAAUACAUCAUCGCCAUCGACUUGCGUCAUUGCUAUUUAUUCCAAGACCACGGAUCCGAGUACAUGGGUUAAAAGCCCGUUGCUUAUGGAAGUGGGUGUGGGUAAACACAAGCUUGCCAGUCGCAAUCUUCGCAUGGCCCUUCCUAGCAUCAGCGACUUCGUGCAGCGAUUUCUAGCACAGACAUCAGAUUCUUGUUCGUCGGAAGAUUCAGACUCGAAGACCCCUGAGCAGAGACGGAUUUUAAUCGCCUGCGAAACCGGUAAAGAUUUAUCUGUCGGGGUAGCUCUUACACUCUCUUGCCAGUAUUCUGAUAGAGAAGGUAGUCUUACUCCACAGUUAUCCCCAUCCGGCCAUACGAAGAGCGAUAUCAGGGUGAAGCUUAGUCGCAUCAUGACAAACUUCCCCGAGGCGAAUCCGAGCAGAACAACCUUGCAAAGUGUCAAUAGCUUCCUCAUGGGUUAGAGGCCUAGGUUGCUAUUGAGACUUUGUAUUGUUCUUACUACGGAGCACUAGAAACGAUCUCGUUAUUGUAUGCCUACCUGCGAUCUAACCCGCUUUGACUUAGGUAUCCUCCCAUGGUCGUCUAAUGGACCUCGAAGUCUCGGUUGUUUGGCCAAUUUACGCAAAUUCAUCAGGGGCUUCGCUAUGUUUUCGGGGUCCAUAUAGCCAGGCCCAUGAAAUA